AUGAUUAUAAAAGAAGAGCACUGAAAUGACACUAAUGGGUACAGUAAGAAAGAAAGGAGUGUGAGAGAAGAGGGCAAGUGACCAUCUUCUCCACUCACUCCACUCACUCCAAUUACUGUAUAUUGUCUUCCCAAAUUAAACAUGCAGCUCAAUCACUGAAACACUAACUAGAUUCUUGGACCAAAUUGGUAUACAAUUCCUAGCAAUUAUAAAAACUAUCCUAACAUUUCCUCAAAAAUGGUUCCCAGAACCUGCAUUGUCCUGCUCUUUCUUCUCUGCUCAUUUUCUUCUCUUGCCACAGCAUUCCUCAACCUCACUCUUCCUGGCCAACAUCCCAACCCAGAAGAAGUUGUUCAAGAAGUUCAUAGGAAGGUUAAUGCUUCUUUGGCAAGAAGGCAAAUGCUGCAAGGAACCCAAAAAUACCAGGACUCUUCAUGCCUAACAGGAAACCCAAUAGAUGACUGUUGGAAAUGUGACCCAAAUUGGCCAAACAACAGGCAGAGCUUAGCAGAUUGUGCAAUUGGGUUUGGCCAGUAUGCUCUUGGAGGCAAAGGUGGUGAGUAUUAUAUUGUCACAGACUCUUCUGAUGAUGAUGCUGUGAAUCCAAGGCCAGGCACUCUGAGAUAUGCUGUGAUACAGACUGAGCCUCUCUGGAUUGUGUUCCCUGGGAACAUGCUCAUCAAGCUCUCCCAAGAGCUCAUCUUCAACAGCUACAAGACCCUUGAUGGCCGUGGAGCCAAUGUCCACAUUGUGGGUGGUGGCUGCAUCACAUUGCAGUUCAUAAGCAAUGUCAUUAUCCACAAUGUGCAUGUCCACCACUGUUAUCCGUCAGGUGACGCUAAUGUGCGUUCAAGCCCAAGCCACUACGGCUACCGCACAAAAUCAGACGGUGAUGGGAUCUCCAUCUUUGGAUCCAAAGACAUAUGGAUAGACCAUUGCAGCCUAUCACACUGCAAGGAUGGUCUGAUAGAUGCAGUAAUGGGGUCCACAGGGAUCACAAUAUCCAACAACUACUUCUCCCACCACAAUGAGGUGAUGCUUUUGGGACACAGUGAUGACUAUUUGCCUGACUCAGGCAUGCAAGUGACCAUAGCCUUCAAUCACUUUGGUGAAGAACUAGUGCAGAGAAUGCCAAGGUGCAGAAGAGGCUACAUCCAUGUGGUCAACAAUGACUUUACUCAAUGGGAAAUGUAUGCAAUUGGGGGCAGUGGAAAUCCCACAAUAAAUAGCCAAGGCAAUAGAUAUACCGCUCCAUCAAACCCUAAUGCCAAGGAGGUGACAAAGAGGGUGGAGACAGCAGAAGGGAAGUGGAAGGAUUGGAACUGGAGAUCAGAGGGGGACAUUUUGGUAAACGGAGCUUUCUUUGUGGCUUCAGGGAAGGGUGUGGAGUUUAACUAUGAGAAGGCCUACAGUGUGGAGCCUAAGUCUGCUGUUCUCAUUGACCAGCUCAUCAUGCAUGCUGGUGCCCUUGGAGUUGGUGGCAGGGACAACAACCUGGGGAAGUGGAGCUCCGGAUCCAACGGUGACGGAAACGGUUUAGGGUCGGGUCCAGACUACACAGAUGACAUGUCGGGAAGUAGCAGCAGGAACAUUCCACUGCCACUUUCAUCCACAUCCACUCUCUUCUCCUUUUUGAUCUCAUUGUCAUGCUUGUUAUUUUUGUAUAUUAUCCCAGACAUGCAUUUCACAAUGAGAAAAUAAUCAGUGGU